GUCAGUCAAAUUCCAGUGUAAUGCUGCGAUGACAAUGAUACAUGACAUUGUCCUUUUUUUUUUGUUUAAGACUGCAAAACAAACACUAGGUGUGUUAUAAUUUAUUAUGCAGUAAGACAAGGAUUACUAACUAUAAUAAUAACUUUAUUGUUCUCCGUCUGUCAUCGUAGAUUACUGCCCAACCACUACUCAGAGGCCUCACGUCACACCUCGGCCCUCGUGUUAUAACAAAUGCGGCUGGAACAUGGGAAGCUGCUCCUGCUCAAGCUCUUGUCAACGCUAUGGCAGCUGUUGCUAUGACUACCACUCUACCUGCCUGCCAACCACUCAGCCUGUUAGACCGACCACACAUUAUAACACAUGUCGAAACAACUGUGGCAGUUACCAGGGUAGCUGCUCCUGCACAAGCUCUUGCAGAUACCAAGGAAACUGUUGUUAUGACUACAACUCUUACUGCAGCUCAACCGUCGCAUCAACCACAGGUCAGCCCUCAUGUCGUUACAACUGCGGAUAUAGCAUGGGAAGCUGCUCCUGCUCAAGCUCUUGCCGAUACUAUGGCAACUGUUGUUACGACUACUACUCUUACUGCAGCUCAACCGUCGCACCAACCACAGGUCAGCCCUCAUGUCGUUACAACUGCGGAGGGAACAUGGGAAGCUGCUCCUGCUCAAGCUCUUGCCGAUACUAUGGCAACUGUUGUUACGACUACUACUCCUACUGCCAAGUCACAACUAACAUUCCAACCACAGCAAACCCCUGUGGAGGCCAUCUGUUUGGCUCUGGUACCUUCUCCAGCCCGAACCACCCCAACCACUACCAAGACAACGCCUACUGUGUCUGGCAGCUCAGGGCUGCGUAUGACCAAAGAAUCUUCCUGUCAUUCACGUACCUGCAAUUGGAGAACUGCUGCUCCUGUGACUAUAUUGGAAUCUACGAUGGGCCGUCUACUGGCUCACGAUAUCUUGGGAAAGUGUGCAACAACAGUCUGAGUACUUUCUACUCCACCUCCAACUACUUGACUGUGCUCUUCCGGACUGAUGGUUCUGUGGUCGGCCGAGGGUUCAGUGCUGACUACAUUAGCUCUCUGUCACCAAGCUCAGGUCGAGUGGACUGUUCCUCAGACAACAUGAACAUUGUGAUCGAGAGGACUUACCUGAGCUCUCUCGGCUACGACGGCCAGAGUCUGUACCUGAAUGACCCGCACUGCAGACCCCAGGUUUCCAGGUAUCAGGUGGUCUUCAACUUCCCCAUGAACACUUGUGGCAAUGUUCGAAAGUUUGAGAAUGGCAGAGUUGUGUACACCAACACCAUCCGUGCCUACACCUCCAGCUCCGGAGAGAUCACACGCCAGUCUCACCUUAAGUUGAACGUGGGCUGUCGGAUGGAGCAGGACUCAGUGGCCCAGAUCAUGUACGUUGUCCGUCAUCAUGACAACAGCAGCAUUACAGGCACAGGCAGAUUCAAUACCAGCAUGGACUUCUACACAUCCAGCGGCUUCUACUACCAGGUGACUCAAGUCCCUUACGAGGUGACACUCAACCAGAACUUGUAUGUCCAAGUGGACCUGAGGAGGGGUGACAGCUCCCUGGUCCUCUUUCUUGACACCUGUGUGACCUCACCAUCGCCCCAUGAUUUCCACACCAGACCUUACUACCUGGUCCGCAACGGAUGUUCUGCGGACAACACCUACCGGGCCUACAGCUCUGGCACCAAUGCCUUCGCCCGUUUCACAUUUAAGGCCUUCCAGUUCCUGCGAGCCACAGAGUCGGUGUACAUCCAGUGCAAGGUCCUGGUAUGCCAGGCCUCCGACUACAAUUCCCGCUGCCGCCGUGGCUGCAACAGACGUGUGGCCAGAGACCUGGGGUCUGAACACGACAGCGAAACUCUGGUCCUGGGUCCCAUCCAACUCAAAGAGCCUGAAAAAAAGGAAGAAGAGACUCCAAAGCAGGAUAAGGCUUAACUUGAUUCUGCAAUAAGCAGCUUCAAUCUUCUUCAUUACAGCUCAUUAUGACAUUUAAUCAUACUAUCUAUUCCUUUUCUCUUUAUCUCAAUACUUGAUUAAAAGCAUCCUCAAAAGACAA